GGAUCCAAAUGCUUGGGUUAUAUCGCGGAGACCUAUAUUGGCUCGUCGUGUAGCCUUAUGUCAAGGAUCUCGCAGCUGUACUCCGUGCGCAUGCAACGUCCGAAUCAAAUUCGAGUUCCGCAAGGCCGGAUAAUCCUUCUCCGAGUCUGGUGCAACCAUUUCUAUGGAACCGAUGGAGUACGCGAUAAAUAUAGCGACCCAGCGCGGAAAUGCCCGGUGCACCGAAGGGCCAAAGUGCAGGCUGCAUCGAGCUCGGUCUCCAUCGGGUCGGGAUGGGACCCUAGAGGUUCGCCCUCCGAUUCGACGUGGGAUUCGCUUUCGGGGCUUUCCUCGCGCCAGCGCGAAUUCACAAUGUGCCGACCGAUUCAGGGCCGGCCCGGGACCGUUUGCCUUUUGGCCGUAAGCGCUUUCGCCUCCGAGCAGGGGUCUAAGCCUGCGGAGAAGAAGGUGGACAAGCGCGGGACGCUGCUCUCCGGCGCGUACUCUGGCGGGUACUCUUCCGGUCUCGGUCUAAAGUCGUUCGACUCGGGUCUCGGCCUUGGCUUGGGGUCGGGCCUCGGGUACGCCGGCGGAUACUCUAGCGGAUUCGGCAAUGGCUACGGAUACGGCAACGGAUAUGGCAACGGAUAUGGCAACGGAUAUGGCAACGGAUACGGAUACGGCAACGGAUACGGAUACGGCAACGGAUACGGCAACGGAUACGGCAACGGAUACGGCAACGGAUAUGGCAACGGAUACGGCAACGGAUACGGAUACGGAUUGGCAACGGGAUACAGCGGUGGGUACGACGGUGUUCUGGGCUACGGGCUGGCCGGCGCCAAGGCGGAGCGCAUCACCGGCGUGACGGUCCACCGAGAGGUCCAGGUGCCGGUCGCCGUUCCGCACCCAGUGCCCGUCGAGGUGACCCGCGCCGUACCGGUGCCGCAGCCGGUGCCAGUCAAGGUCGACAGGCCGUACCCGGUGCCCGUGCCGCAUCCCGUCCCCGUCGAGGUGACCCGCCACGUGCCCGUCAAGGUGGACCGCCCUUACCCCGUGCCGGUGCCUCACCCCGUCGAGGUUCGAGUUCCCCAGCCGGUCCCGGUCCCCGUAGCGGAGCCCGUGCCGGUCGCCGUCCCGGUCGCCCAUGCAGCGCCCGUCCUCGCCCACUCUGCGCCCGUCAUCGCCCACUCGGCGCCCAUCGUCGCCCACCCGGCGCCCAUCGUCGCCGGCGUUGAGCCCGUCGCCUAUGCCGGUGCCACCUUCGGACACGACUUCGACCUGGCGCCCUCGAUCGGAUACGGCAGCUCCUUCGGCCACGACUUGGGCAUCGGCUACGCUUCCGGCUACUCCACCGGCUUCGGCCCGGGUCUCAAGUCGGGAUACUCCGGUUUCUCCGGCUACUCCGGAGGAUACUCCUACCCCACCCCCGUCAAGAAGUGGUGAGCCCUCCGGGACACCUCGCGCA